GUCACGGGCUUAGUCGCGCGCUGUCGUUGUUAUUUUUCAUUAUUUGCGUUUCGUGUUGAAUGUUUGAGAAUAUCGUUGUUGUCUAGUGGAUUUUUUGAUGUACGAUGGCUGAAGAAGGUGCAGCUGCGGCGACAGCCGAGAAAAUUAUUCAUACUUAUCCACUUGUAAGGCACUCGGAUAUGUCUGAAGAGAUGCGCACGGAGGCGGUGGAGCUGUCGGUGACGGCUUGCGAGAAGUUUUCGCAGAACAACGAGCUGGCGGCUCGUAUGGUCAAAGAGUCGAUGGACAAGAAGUUUGGCCCCGCUUUCCACGUUGUUAUAGGCGAGAGUUACGGCUUUGAGAUCACCUACGAGUGCACCACUAUCUGCUACAUAUAUUUCGGCGGCAAUCAGGCCAUCUGCAUCUGGAAGUGUUCAUAGACUCAUUCAAAUGUAGUGAUGUACAAAGUUUUGAGAACUAUACAGAGGAGAUGCCACAUGUUCGAUACGGCCGCAGCCUCGUUACAGUGUGGCAUCUCCAUUACCAGUUUAGUAGAUAAUUUUUUACGGUUAUGUUUACU